ACUUCUCACGAGCCCAUUAAGCUCUCUUAUCAUCUCUCAUUCUCUCUCCGAACUGCGAGAGAGAAACGGUUCUCUCUCUUCAAGGACCAUGCACGCUCUCCGAUCGCCAGCUAUGCGGCCUCUCUCUCUCUCGCCAACCUCGAUUCCCUCGCGGCCUCUGUGCUUCCGCUUCUUGGCUCUCUCCCUCCCUCUGUUCCCCAACUCCAGGUCCCCUUCCAAGUACCUCGCGAGGACGACCGUCGGACCUCGAUUUUGCGUUCGGAGUUGCGGUUCCGUGAAGGCGAAACCGUCGUCGGAGCUCAGGAAGCGCGAGGGCGGCGGGUCGGAGCCUGACGAGAAGCUCCGAGCUCUCCGCGAGCUCUUCUCGAAGCCUGGGAUCGGCAUCGACGCGUACAUCGUUCCUUCUCAGGACGCUCAUCAGAGUGAGUUCAUUGCAGAAUGUUAUACGAGGAGGGCCUACAUAUCAGGUUUCGCAGGCAGUGCUGGCACUGCCGUUGUCACAAAGGAUAAAGCAGCUCUGUGGACAGAUGGACGUUAUUUUCUUCAGGCCGAGAAUCAGCUAAACUCCAGUUGGAUUCUCAUGCGGGCUGGUAAUCUAGGAGUUCCAACAACUAGCGAAUGGCUCAAUGAUGUUCUGGCUCCUGGAUGCAGAAUUGGCAUUGAUCCUUUUCUCUUCUCUUCUGAUGCUGCGGAGGAAUUAAAGGAGGCUAUUGCUAAGAAAAAUCAUGAGCUGGUUCUCCUGUACAAUAUAAACUUGGUGGAUGAAGUAUGGAAAGAAAGGCCAAAGCCUCCAAAUAAGCCGGUUAGAAUUCAUGAUUUAAAAUUUGCCGGCUUAGACGUGGCAUCAAAACUCUCCUUCCUGAGGGCCGAAUUUAUCGAUGCUGGUGCAUCUGCCAUCAUUAUAUCGAUGCUUGAUGAAGUGGCAUGGCUAUUAAACCUGAGAGGAAGUGAUGUUCCACAUUCUCCAGUCGUGUAUGCCUAUUUACUUGUGAAGACUGAUACAGCUGAGUUAUUCGUUGAUAGUUCCAAAAUCACACCAGAAGUGAUGGAUCAUUUGAAAAAUGCAGGCGUACAGUUGAGACCAUACAAUAAAAUUCUGUCUGAAAUAGAAAAUUUGGCAAAACAAGGGGGAAAUCUUUGGUUGGACACAACAUCGGUGAACGCUGCGAUUGUCAACAUCUAUAAGUCUGCUUGUGAUAAGUAUCUGAAUAAAAAUAGUAAGGCUAGGGUGCAAGAUUUCAUUGGUCGAUCAGCCAUACCAUCUGGAGUUUAUAGGGCUUCCCCUAUCUCUUUGGCCAAGGCAGUGAAAAAUGAUGCGGAGUUACAGGGAAUGCGGAACUCUCAUUUAAGGGAUGCAGCAGCUCUAGCUCAUUUCUGGGUCUGGUUGGAAGAAGAAAUUAAUAAGGGUGCUAAACUUACAGAAGUAGAAGUUGCAGAUAAGCUCCUUGAGUUCCGUUCUAUGCAGGAUGGUUUCAUUGAUACAAGCUUCGACACAAUAAGUGCUUCUGGGGCCAACGGUGCUGUCAUACAUUACAAACCAGAACCAGGCAGUUGCAGAGUUUUGGAUGUCGAAAAGCUGUUCCUGCUAGAUAGUGGUGCUCAAUAUGUUGAUGGAACAACUGAUAUAACAAGAACAGUGCAUUUUGGGGAACCCACACCACGACAAAAAGAAUGCUUCACCCGAGUUUUGCAGGGCCACAUAGCUCUAGAUCAAGCUGUUUUUCCUGAAAAUACCCCCGGCUUUGUCCUGGAUGCAUUUGCUCGCUCGUCUCUAUGGAAGAUUGGCCUCGACUAUCGGCAUGGUACAUUUCAUUCCUUAGCUGGUUGGUUAUUCGGAGUACUUAUGAGAAUACUUUCAAGCGCGGCCUCUUUUUCUUUCCUUGUAAUAGGGACUGGACAUGGUGUGGGAGCUGCACUAAAUGUUCAUGAAGGACCUCAAAGUAUUAGCUUCCGUUAUGGGAAUCUGACCUCCUUACAGAGAGGCAUGGUUGUGAGCAACGAACCUGGUUACUAUGAAGACCACGCCUUUGGCAUUCGUAUUGAGAACCUUCUUUCCGUGGUAGAGAUAAACACGCCAAAUCACUUUGGAGGGAUCGGAUACCUUGGAUUCGAGAAACUCACGUUCGUUCCAAUUCAGACUAAAAUGGUGGACUCGGCCUUGCUCUCUUCCGUCGAGAUCAACUGGCUCAACGACUACCAUGCGCAAGUCUGGGAAAAGGUUUCACCACUGCUAGACGGUUCUGCUCGUCAAUGGCUUUGGGACAAUACGAGACCUCUCCCGAUUCAGUGAUUACCAAUUAACUUUCUUGUCGUUGUUAUUUUUCUCGUUCUCUUAAUAUAUUUGGGACUCUGUCCCUCUGUUGUGUGGAAUUGCCAUUACAAUGCGUUGUACGAUGAUGUGCUGAAUCAGCUUACAGGGGAACAGCGAGGCGCAAAAAAAAAAACGAAAUGCUGUGAAAAGGUAAUAGGCGAAUUCAUUUUUCAGGUGGAAACAAGAUGUGAUGGCGACGGGAUUCACGUAAACUGUGCUUAAACUGCAC